CCAUAAAAGCCGCUUGGCGUAUUUCUUUUCUGAAAAUUGACGUCACGCAAACGCCAUUUUGUAAAGUGUCCGCCGUAGUCAGUUUUCUGGGCACAGUGGAAAAUACGUAAUUCGCAUGGUUUUGUGUACAUUUAAAACAUAAAGACAAUCAAAAUCACAGUUAACGUCUCGUACGUUAAUCUCACAGACACAAAGUAUGGAGGACAAGGCGUCGUUAAAAGAACUGGAUCAGUGGAUAGAACAACUAAAUGAAUGCAAGCAAUUGACAGAAAAUCAAGUAAAAACGUUAUGCGACAAGGCAAAGGAGAUCCUAACGAAGGAGUCUAACGUCCAGGAGGUGAAAUGCCCGGUGACAGUUUGCGGGGAUGUCCACGGACAGUUCCACGACCUGAUGGAGUUGUUCCGUAUCGGCGGGCGCUCCCCUGACACCAACUAUCUAUUCAUGGGCGACUACGUCGACCGCGGAUACUACAGCGUCGAGACCGUCACAUUGCUCGUCGCGCUUAAGGUUCGAUACCGCGAGAGAAUAACAAUCCUCCGUGGAAACCACGAGUCGAGGCAGAUCACUCAGGUGUACGGUUUCUACGACGAAUGCCUCCGUAAAUACGGCAAUGCGUCCGUAUGGAAGCACUUCACCGACUUGUUCGACUUCCUGCCCCUCACCGCGCUGGUCGACGGCCAGAUCUUCUGCCUGCACGGUGGUCUCAGCCCCUCCAUCGAUACCCUGGACCACAUCCGCGCCCUCGACCGCCUGCAGGAGGUGCCUCAUGAAGGUCCCAUGUGCGAUCUGCUCUGGAGCGAUCCUGAUGACAGAGGCGGAUGGGGCAUAUCGCCGCGUGGUGCCGGCUACACUUUCGGCCAGGAUAUAUCGGAGACGUUCAACCACAGCAACGGGCUGACACUCGUCUCCAGGGCCCAUCAGCUCGUCAUGGAGGGCUACAACUGGUGCCACGAUAGAAACGUCGUCACUAUAUUCUCAGCACCCAAUUACUGCUAUAGAUGCGGUAACCAAGCCGCCAUUAUGGAAUUGGAUGAUGCGCUUAAGUACUCAUUCCUUCAGUUCGAUCCGGCCCCACGACGUGGCGAGCCGCACGUUACGCGACGGACGCCAGAUUACUUCAUGUAGGCUGCACAGAAGGCGCAUAUCAAGCGGGCGGCGAGUGCGCGGAGCUCCGAUGGUGCGGCGACGGCGGGCUCGGCUGGGGACGCGUGCACGGGCGGCCGGCGUCUGCGUACCAGGCGCAGGCUGGCGCGCGCGGCGGCACUGGCGGGGCUUGACCCGGCGCGUGCGGCGGGGCUGGCGGGGCUCGGGCCGGCGCGCCUGGCGGGGCUGGCUGGUCUCGCAGGCCAGCAGCCGCGCCGCUCGCGCCGCGCCAGCCUCGACAGCUUGCUCCGCGUGGCGCACUGGCUGGCGCACGUGUAGCGGCCGGCCCGCGCCCGCGUGUAAGUGCUCGUCACCAUCGCAACUUAGGUUCUUGCCGUUCACUGUGCAUUCGCUCCGCGCUAGUUAUGCUGGUAUGUUCAUGUCCUGCGGCCGGAAGGAGCGCGACGACCUCCCAUUAUGAUUUACACAAUACAUUGCUGUAUCGAAGACGAUUGGACCUCAUUAAACACGUACAUUUACUAAAACGGUAGUUUUAUUUUGCUUUCGUCUCGUGUCUCGUGUCACCAUCGAUCGCCAGGUUGCCUAUGGACAUACCACCAUAAUCUAAUCUUUGGUGACUAAAUGUGCGCCGUAUUGGAUUCCCAUAAAGCUUAUGAUCUUACAUCUAAUGUGCAGUAAUGGAACUUAUAAAUUAGUGAAACAACAUGAUUAUUGUCAAUCUAGCAAAUAUGAUGUUUUCAUGUUAAGUUACUGUAGAUCAAAAUCUGUUGAAGUGCAUCAUAUAAUUUUGUAUUUUUAGUUGCUUUACAAAUGAAAUAUUAAAAGAUUUUUUUACAAUUUGAUAUUUACAUUACAUAGACAUACUGCGGGGGUAUUGAUCUGUCGAGGUCUACAAAGCAAUAGCAAGCAUUUAGUUUUAUGACAGAAUGGCAUUAUGUAAUUAUUUAAUUAUAUUAUUCGUAAUAUCUUUAGUUCGGCUGUAAGUCUGCGUAUACAAGUAUUAGGAAGCGUUAUUAUUUAUAUACCCCAGUGCAAUCAUUCUGUCAUAAAAUGUCUGGAGAGAACGAGUGCAUUUUGAGAUUUAAUUAUUCAAAAUUCUCCUUUUCUUGUGCCACAGUACCUGUAUGACAUGGAAUAGUGUUUCACAAGAGUGGAGCUUUAAUUUCUUUUUACUCUUUAUUUGUUCUAUAUUUGAUUAUAAAAUAAUUUUAGGUAAUUGUGUAAAUACCUAAAGAUCAAGGCACCCGAUAGGUUGUUAUUGUUUAUACUAAGUGUCGAAUAUUUUCCCAUUAAUGUACUCAUUUCGUAAAGAUGGUAAGUAACUAAAAUAAAUAUUAAUAACAAUUUUAUAUGAGAUCAUUGCGAACUGGGAAAUUGUUUUAUAACAUCUUAGGAUAGAAAUUUAUAACAGGGGGUUAUAUUGAAAGUGUUACAGCAUGUUUUUAAGAUUACAUACUCACUAAGAAGCCCUGGUUUCCUUAUACAAGCAUUUUAUUUUCUAUUUAUAGAAUAACUGACAAAAGCAAUUUUUAUAUUCCAUUUUCCAUGUAGAAAACGUGUACUUAUUUUAGAAUCUGAACAGUGGACAUAUUCUUUUGUCAGUGCCAUCUUUCAUUUAUAAAUAAAAUUUCAGAUUUAUAAAAUAUUGUAAUAUUAUUUUUGUUUCCUAAAUUAAACGCGUGCGUACUAAUUAUACAAAGACCUUACCCACCAAUGACACCUGAAGCCACACGUUUCGUUGAUCUAAGUAUUAAGUAUGUAAGUUAUAGAUAAAAUAAAAUAUAAUAUCCUUAAAGAAAAAAAAUAACAAAAAAAUGAGAAUGUAUGUCGAGCCUCGUUCGCGUGAAAUAAAACAAUAACUGUAGCA